AUGCAUCGAUAUCAACAACAAUUACUCUGCUUCAUUUUAUUUCUUGCAUUAGCAUAUGCAGAAUUGAAAAUCACUGGUUUUAAAUCGCAUGGUGCUGAUAAAACUGGUAUUUACGAUACGCAUGUCGACUUAGAAGCAGAGAUCACCGAUUGUUCAAAUUGUGAGUGCGAAGUGCGCAUCGAUAAUGCAUUCGACCCACCCACUCAAGUUAAGUUGGCGGAAGACAAAAAAACGGGCACUUCAACAAUUCCAUAUCUCAAGCCACACACCACUUACAAAUUCAUUUUAACCUGUAAAGAGCCCACCGACGGAGCAAAAGCAGAAUCCAAAAAUUUAGAAAUCAAAACAGAUUUCGACCGUCCUUUAGCUCCUCUUAAUAUCGCACAUGAGUUUCCUACAGGUCUCUUAAGACCUCGAUUUACGUGGCAAUCUUCUCCAAGCUCCUCUUUGAAUCCAAGCAUUACUUACAAAGUCAUCGUCGAUAAUAAGGAGAUUGGCAAGGCGGGAAGCACAGUAUAUACAGGAUCGCAUGACUAUGAACAAAAAAGUGAGCAUACAUAUAAUGUGCUUGCAUGCUAUGAAAACCAUCAAAAAUAUCCCCUUUGUUCCACUGAUGAUAAUUCCAAAAAAGUGUUCAAAGUGCCUGAGCUGAUUAUAACAACAACAACUACUACUACUACGACAACAACAACAACAACAACAACAACAACCACAACCACUACUACAAGCACAACGACGACAACCGAAGCCUCAUCUGCUACCCUUUCAAAUUCUAUCUCUAUUGCUAUGCUCAUCUUUUCUCUUUUCUUGUGUAUGCAAAUGAAAUAA